GAAAAAGGCCCUCUACACCUGCCCCAACUGCCAGUUCCUCCGCUACUGCUCCAAGGACUGCGAGAGAAAGGCCUCCGACAUCCACCGGUUCGAGUGCCCCGCCUUGAAGCGGAUGGCACCAGAUUACCCCACCGAGAGCGUCAGAUUGCUCGCCCGCCUCAUCUUCAUCCUUAGGAACGGAGGCGAGAAAAAGGUCGAGAAGUUUUCAGAAAAGGAAGGGCGGAAGUUCAGAGACCUCAUGAACCACUACUCCGACAUCAAGGUCAGGAAAGACUACAUGAAUGACGUAGAGAAAAUGAUAAAAGACCUGAAGGCGUACAUCGGAGAGUCCUUUCUGCCCAACGAGUCGGACUUCUUGGGAAUCUACGGCAGGGUGAUGGUCAACCGCUUCUGCCUCCACGACGAAGAGCUAGGCAUGGUGGGCAGCGGCCUGUACCUCGCAGCCUCCAUCUUCGACCACGCCUGCAUCCCCAACUGCAGCUUCAGUUUCGACGGCACGAAGGUCGUCAUUCGAGCGCUCACGGAUAUAGACGAUUUUUCUUUUAAUAAGUGUCGCAUCAGCUACAUAGACCCGCUACAAGGAACCAAGGAGCGGCGAGACGAACUGUACAAAUUCUGGUUCUUUUGGUGCGACUGCAAACCCUGCCAUGAUGAGGAGAGGCUGGCGAUGGAGAAUACGAUUAAAUGCGAAAACGAGCACUGCCUGUCGCCGGUGACCGUUCCCGAAGACGCCCGUUCGCCCCCGCCCACCUGCACGCGCUGUGGGGGCGCCGUCGACCCACAAACCUUGAAGAAAUACAACGAGAUAAUCGCCUAUACCAAGAAGACGAUGAGUAUUAUGUCGCGGGAGGAUAAUAGUAAGGAUUACGAAACAUGUUACGACCUGUUGGAGAAGCAAGGCAGCGUCCUCUCGUCCAUGAACAUCUGGCGCUGCAGGACGCUCGAUUUCGCCUUCAAUGCUGCUAUUAACAACGGGUGUUUCAGCCUCGCCUUCGACUAUGGGGAUGAGAAUAAGGCCGCCAUGAGGUUCUACUACGGCCCCGACCACCCCGCGUACGGCGUGUUCCUCCUGCACCUCGCCAAGGCCAAGUUCUACAACAAGGAGUACAAGGAGGGCCUCGAGCACAUCCGCGAGGCCGAGCCCAUCCUGAAGGUGGCCUACGGGGCCUCCCACCCCCUGAUCUCCGAGGAGCUGAGCCGCCUCACCUACAUCGCCUACGAGGACGUGGAGUUCGCCCUCACUCGACGCCUGGAGAUGGCGCGGAAGCGGGACAAGGACGACGACCCAAGGCUGUCUUCUUCCUGAUCCUUCUAUCAAACCUCUCGUGCGAAUCAAGCCCAAAGAAGAUUCAUUUUAUUGAUAGUUUUGAUAAGUUUGGAACAAGAGCUGCGUGCAUGCCGCUCCAACCCCCGUUUUCUUUGUAUUGGAUAUACAGGGUUUUUUUUUUUUUUUUUUUUUUAAUAAAUAGAGAAAGGAAACAAGAUAAAAAAUAAGAAGAAUGAUAAUAACGAAUUAUUAUGUUUUGUGUGAUGCUACGGUAAGUAAUACGGAAAAAAAAAUCUUCUCUGGGUUUGGUUUUAGAAAGAAAAAGAGAAUGUAUAUUGUCAUCCUGCAUUUCACACACACAAGAAAAAAAGAAAGAAAAGAAAACAAAAGAAAAAAGUCGGGGCAUAAAGGAUUUUUUUUUUUUUUUUUUUUUUUUGAAUAGUCAAGACAAAAAGCAAGAAACAUCGACAACGAGAGGAAAAUAAGAAGACAUUUUUCGUGUAUGUAUAAACAUACCUCCCCCCCACCACAUCCCCCCCACCCCCCCACGCCACUAUGUGCACGCCUGUCUGUGGUAAUUAUCAUGGCCUUAUGGAGUGAUAGUGAAAGUUAUAAUGAAGCUUAUUUUUAUCGAAGGCUUAAGUUCUGGAAUUUGAGAAGCGAUAGCUUGUUUUUUUAUAGAGAAAUAGAGAUCUAGUUAUAUGCUAUUUAGUGUUGUGAAAUAGAGUGUUAAGAAAUAACUCUAUCUAUUGGCUUCAUAUUAAUGCCUAGAGAUUCAUGAGAACCAUUAUUAUAUUCAUAAUACCUCUCAUUCCCUGUACUAUUCUCAAUUAUUAUCUUUUACCUCUUCUUCUUCUUCUUUUGAAUACACGACAACAAUCAUAAAAAUCACAUCUUUAUUCACAUAUCAAGCAUCAUAUUCAUAAUCAAUAUAUACUCCUCUGCUUCAUCGCUUCUAUAAAUACUUUCAUCUUUUUUACACAUUACUCACUCAUUCACUUACUUAGAAAUGACUCAUUCUUCAUUCAUAAUAACCUUGUCAUUCACUGCUGAUAAAUAACAGCAUAAGAGUGUGAUGUUCUGUUUAAACUAUUUAUUGUGGUAUACGCAUGUGCUUUUGUUAAUAGAAAAUAGUAAAGCUUUUUUUUUAAAUAGAUGGUGUCAUGUUUGAUAAUAUAAAAUGUGAUGUUAAUUCACCUCGACAGCAUCUUUCUAAAGUUUCAUCUAAUUUUCAAGUCAUUGGCCAGACUUUGGUAAUUUUACUGUUAACUUAUCUGCCACAGCGAUAUCACAGUUGUUAAUGUUAAGUUAAAUAUAUCAAAUAAUGUUAAGUUUUGAUCACUAUUGAGGAUAGAGUAUACAUUGUUUUUAAACGUUAACAAUCCCAUAUAUAUCCACAGUGAUACAGAAGACACGUGGAUAUAUUUUUUUGUUUUGUUUUGUUUUUGUUUUUGUAUCUUCUCUCGUAAUCUGAACAAUAGUUUCUGACAAAUAUUCACCUCAUUUUGUUUUUUAAUUACUUCAGUACCUUAUAAAUAUGUAAGUCUUUUUUUUUUUUUAACUUUUUGGUUUUACUCAAAAUAUGAAUUGCAAAGAAACAGUAGUGAAAAAAACAGUUCAUUUAGAGAGAAGCAGAUUAGUGUAUAACAUCAAUUAUAUUUUUUACCAGUCUUUCAUGUCAAGUUUGAUUAUUAUUUACUGCUGUUAAAUAUUGUUCUAUUUCUUUUUCCGAUCUGUAUUGCGUAUACAAGAAAAGAAAAUAAACUUUUAACUCUC